AUGUCACAUCGUGGAUUAUCAGAAGGUAAAACGGAAUAUUUAGAAAUUGGUGAAUACAAUUUCACAUGGCCAGGUGAAAACGGAUCCCUCCAUGACUUGGGAUCUUUAAAUUAUACUAUGCCGUCAGGCUUUAUGUUGUAUUCAGUGUGGGCGUGGCAUGUGAUUUGUUCUCCUGAUGCAUUUUCAUGGAAUUUCGGCUUCGUGUUUUUGAACUUAGCACAGGUGGUAUACUUGGUUUACGAGAUGAGACCAGUAAAGUUUGACCCUGAACUUGAAGAAGUUUACCAUACACUUUUUGAGCCCUUUAAGGUGUCAAGGCUUCAAUUCAAGCGAAUGGUGUCACCAGACUUUGCACACGUUAUGUCACUCCAUGCAGGCGAAGCAUAUGCUAUGCAGAACCUCACGAAGACAGACAGACUCGGCCUAUUGCUGUCUGGAAAGGUCAACGUGAUGAGCGGACACCAGUUUCUUCAUCCCAUACUUCCUUGUGAAUUUCUUGACUCUCCAGAGUUUGAAUCCAGUCGUGCCACUAUUGAGGAAAAGUUUAAGGUGUCUAUAGUGGCAGCAUCAUCGUGUCGCUACGUAUAUUGGCAACGAAGUUCCCUGGAAUACCUCUUCGUGAAGGAACCAUAUCUUGCCUCCGUGGUGACGACGUUGAUCGCACGCGACAUUACUACCAAAUUGUACGCUAUGAAUAACAAGAUUGUGACCGAGAGGGGUUCACAUCUAGAUAUUAGAUUACCAAGUAUAUCCCACGCGUUAGCUAAGAGCCCAAGGAAGUUACGUUCUGCGAACAAACCACCACCGCCGACCACUGUACAACCGGUGCCACCUGAAAAACGGACAAAUUACUGGUCUCGAGAGGUCGAAAGUGCAAUACCAAGUCUGAGGAAACGGAAUGGCGUAGCAGCUUCACUCCCGGAAGACGAUGAAGAAUUGAUUCCCUUAGCUGCUCACGAAGCACCAGCCGCGUCUUCAGAUGAUCUAUCUAUAGCUGAUAGUUGUCCCGAUACCUCCUCUAAAUACCACAGUUGCGAAGCAGUUGAAACAGACGAUGAACUAAAACAUUAG